AUGAAUUCAUAUAUGUAUUCGCACAAUUUAUAUGCUUUGCUAGCAGACCUCAAUAUCGACGAUGAAGAGGAUCAUAAGACGGUAACAUCUACAUCCGAUAGGGUGUCGGUAAAUGAUACUCACGCUAUCCAUGAGGAUGAGGAAGCAGAAUAUGACGAGGAAGACGACAUUAUACACGCGCUGUUCGACCUUGAAGCUCUCGGAGGACACGCUGGACAGCCAACAUUCACCCGUGGUUUGUUGCAAAAAGUCGCAUCAGAUAUUCGAUCCAUCUCGACUAUUCAAAAGGGGCUCAAUCGCGAGCGAGAAAAUUCCCUCUACUGGAAGGGUAGCAACGGACCCUCAGCCAGGAUAUGGAAAGAAGUCGAUGGGGCGAACGAUGUCACUGUCAACUACAUGACCCGGGUUGAGAUGUCAUCCCAAUUCCAGACACUAUUUGGAAACGACUGGAAACGGAGCAAGCCUCUCCGCGCCCUCAAUACUAACUUGUCACAGCACCAGCUCAACGAGCUUGCGGCACCUUACUAUCUCGAGUCUUUCCGCCGCGCCGCUGACAACACUCAUCUCGAUGCCGAAAAAAUGAACUGGUGGCGCGACAGACUCUGCCACACACAGAAUUUAUGGGAAAACAGCUCUUCCUGCAUUCAGCCCUGCCGUAUCGUCCGACAAGGUGCAGCUCGACUCCGAGCCCCGAUAACAAAAAUAGUAUGUAUCGGACUCGGAGAACUCGACUCGAGCCCCGCUUUCUACCAGUCUGCCAUACAGCACAUGACUGCAUUUUCCUUCGCCGAAGCCCUCGACGCUUUCAAUCGAACGGCGCAUCCUGAGUGUCCGCCUGUGAAAAUUAUCGCCCAGGAUCCGUGCUACAAGGCGUGCGAUCGGAUUUUGCUUCAAGAGCUUACAAAAACGUCGAUUGACUUCAGUCUCAGCGAUCCGGAAACACUUUUGUCUAUUGAUGCCAACACGCUUGUCAUCACGGCUUUCCUGCCACAUACCGUCCCGCUGAUGCAGAUUCUCGCUGAUCUCUUCGCCGGCGAACCUGAAAAGGGACCGGCGAUGAUUCUGGGUGAUAGGAUUGUAAAUCCUGGUGGGAGGACAAAGUGGUGCUUUCGCAAUCGGGAUCAGCCGGGUGUUGCGAAGUUCCUGAUGGGUGGGUAUACGCUAUGGCCGACGGAGUUUGUUGGGGUAGAUGAGGAGCUGAGAAAGGACUUGUGUGGUGGGAAGAAGAGCUGGGAGUACUGGUUGGGGAAGAUGAUGUUUUGCUUGAGGCGGGAUGGUGGAGAGGUGAAGAAAGCUUAG